CGGCGCCGAACUCAGUUCCAUCCCGUCCGUCGGCCAGUAAACAAGUGAUCUCCUCUACUGCUCCGUGUCCGCGCUCGAAACUGUCCAAGGGCUACCGUGUGUGUGUGUGUGUGUGUGCGUGUGUGUGUAUGUACACCAGUAAACCAGUGCUGAAAACAACAUACCGAACCGGCUUCUUCUCGUGCGCGCAGGCGUAAGCGCACCAACUCUCUUUCUCUCGCGCACGUUAUCUCGCGCUCAGCGCAAAACAAGGUGUACAGAGAAAGGGCACGAGGUAAAAGGCAUCCCCAACCCCCCGACCGACCGUGGGGAGAUUCGUGUGACUGUGUGCGUGUGUGUGAGUGAGCGGCGGGGUUGUUUCGUUCGCUCAAAAACGCUGCCCUGCAUCUCGGCACUGUUCAGUUCGUUCGUGCAUUCCGGUCCCAGUGCUGCUAGUAGUGUGACCCUGUGCUGCUGCUGUCUCUCUGUUGCCCCGCUUUGUGCACUGUGUGAUCCGACAUAUCCCCCCCGCACCAACCAAGCACAACGUGAUUACCUCAUCGCGCAUCCGCAAAGUGUGUCAACGCAUGGCCGCGCGCAGAUGGUUGGAAAAGUGAUUCUAGCGCGCUAACUGGCCACGGUUAGUGAUAACGGGUGUCAUCACGCUAUCAGUGCAGUGCAAAAGUAUCGUACGGUGGUGAAAGAUAACUGAAAAAACACACCCACGCUACAGGGUAAUUGAAUAAUAAGUACGUUAAACGGUAGUGAUAUUGGUGUGCAAUAAGUGAUAAAAGUAGAACGCAAAGUGUAUCCCGAUAAAGAUGGGGUUGAAUAAUCGCGACAAGCAGACGAAGCUGAAAACUCAGAGCCUGCUAGACUCCGAGCGAGCCGGACAGCAAACGGUGACGACGGUUACGGUGGAUCAUGGUACGGUUGCCAUGCCGCUGGAAUCGAUGGCAACCGUCAGCUCAUCGACGGCGAACAGCAGCAGUUCGUUCCAGCAGUCGUCAUCGUCGUCCUCCUCGUCGACCUCGAAGGUCCAGUCCAGUGCAGUGGAAAGUACAGUGCAACGCAAGUCCUCCGAUGGGCGCGUGAUCAGUGAAGUGCGUGAGCAAGGCUCCAAGAAGGAUGGGCCAAAGUUCAGCACCGUCAGCAGCAUGCGCAGUGAGGCUAACCGGGCCAAACAGAUCGAUAGCUUCAUCGAGGAGAUACAUCACAUCGCGAGUGAUACGAUCGGCUCGACCGCACUGAUCGGUGCCCCGGCCGGUAUGGAGCUGCCCGCCGGGACGGUCACACAGAAAACGGUGCUGCUCAGUGGUGGUGAAAGUGCGCGCAAGCAAUCGUACGUCAGUGAGAGUGUUGGCGGUGGUCAUACCACCCUCCAGUCCAGUGUGUCCGGUGAUGCUAGUCAGCAGGUAAUAUCGACCAUCGGGCCGAGCAAGAUCGAGAUCUCGAAAAUGGCCCUUGACAGCAGUGCCGUUUCGAGCAGUAGCACCAGCAAAGUCAUGCAAAGUAGCAGCAGUGCCAUAACGAAGAAAGAGCAGCAGCAAUCAUCAUCAUUGUCAUCUUCAUCGCAGAGUGCGAUGCGUAGUGAGAAAAAUGUGUCCGAAUCUAGUGCAAUCUCCAGUUCACACAAGUCUGAGUCGAAGCAGAGCAAAAGCUCCCACACGACUUCGUCGUCGUCGUCGUCCUCGAGCACCAGUAAACUGAUGUCGAGUGCUCAAAGCAAGGCUCAGUCUGUGUCGGAAACAUUCCAGUCGUCCGCACAUGGUACGAGCGACAGUGCACAGUCCGGACGACAGACGGAUACGCUGUCGAUGAACGGUGGUAGACAGUCGCUGUCCACAGUACAGUCAUCACACCUGCCGGACCAUUCCACGUACGAUCAGAAAUCAUUCCAGCUGGUGGAUGGAGAUGGCAAGACCCGCCAGCAGCAUGACAGCCAGAGCUACUCGAUGGCACAGAGUCAAGCGCCGACCACGAAAAUCGUGUACGAUUCGGCGGGUAAUCAGAUCACGAGCACUUCCUCCUCGUACCAAGCCGCGCAGGGCUACAGUACCUCCUCGUUCCAGAGCUCCGACGGAGUCGAUUUGUCGAAGUCGGCCAAGGACAGUUCCGCUGGAACGGCCAAACUUCGCCAGACGGCGAACAACCAGAAUCAAGUGCUGUACGAUACAGCGGGCAACCGGAUCACGACCACCGGCUCCUCAUCGUAUCAAGCGGCGCAAGGUUACAGUUCCUCGUCCUUCCAGAGCUCCGAAGCGAUGGAUUCAAAGUCAUCGAAUGACUACAUGUCCUCUACCAGUACAUCCACGAAGCAGAGUCACAAUGUGUCCACUUCCAAGGGUAUGACGUCCAGCAGCGCAAAGGACUCUAUCAUCGACUCAACCACACUGGACAACUACUCGGUGCAGUUGCACGAUUCGUCCACCGGUCAGCAACACUCCAACAAUAUGCUCAUGAAAACGGAGUCGGCCCACACCGUGGCCAGCCUUUCGUCGGCACACGACGCACUGGCCAGUACGAUCCAGAGCACGCAGCUCAUUACGGAAUCGGCGAGCGAGGCGCAGCAGCGCCAGCAACACUCCGAGUCGACCAAAACGUACGAAACUUCCUCGCACUAUGCGCAAAUGGACGAGGAAAGCCGUUCCCGGCGCAAGACGUCCGAGUAUCGCGAGCAGCGCGAAUCGAAUGCCGCCAUCCUGAAGCGCAAGAUCUACGACGAGCACGGGCGGCGGCUGAACUUGAUCGAUGAGAAAAUUGUGCCGAAAGACAUCGUGACGGCGGACCUGCAGGACGACGUGACGAACGUGACCAAAACCUCGUUCGAGGCGAAACUGUUCAACCCGAAGCUGAAGCGAUGGGAGCUGGUCGACCAGAAGACGAUACUGGAGAAGGACAUUACCACCGACAUACCGGUUGAGAUCGUCCAGGAGCUGGAGGUGGAGCGUCCCGAGCUAGCCAACAUCACCACGACGAUUCAGAUGACGAAGGUAUACGAUGCCAAGACCAAGCAGUGGAAGACGAUCGAUCAGAAGAAGCACAUCGAUGUGCUGGAAAAGAUCACCUUCCUGGAGGAAAGCUCCGGACGCUCGGAGCUGGACGAGUCGGAGCGAACGAAAAACAUGAAAUCCAUGGACAUGGUGGACCGUGUGACAAUCAAGGAGGUGAGCGAUCUGAGCGAUCAGAAACGAAACCAGAUCAACAAAACGUCCAAACGCACAGACCAACAAACCAUCCAGGAGCAGUGCAUCUGCGAAAUCUGUACCUGCGGACGGCAUAACUGCUACAACUGUGGAGGAGGUACUGCAACGACACAAACUAAAUCCUCAAAAUAUACUGCCACGAGCAAUUCGGAAAAUUUUUACCAUCAAGAAAAUUUCACAUCAGAGCUCAGUGCGCAAGCAACGUCGGGAAGACGAGGAACAUGGACAAUAGAAGAUGCAGAAGAUCAUCUGAAUCGAAGGGAAUCGUACACGAUUGAACAUAGCAGCACCGCAAACGAAACAUCGGAACGCAGACUCACGUGGACGAAGGACGAUUUGGAAAAGGUUGAUGUCACGAAGCUUAAAGCUGACUACGUGCGACCAAAACCAAUCAAGCAUGAAGAUAAUCUCAAGCCCGAAGGAGCAUUUACGGUGCCGGAACGAGCAGGAUACACCCCAGGGGAGCGUGUCAAGCCGAUAAAACCCGAUGACAACCUUCGUCCAGAGGGCGAAUUCUCUACUCCAGAGAAGCUUCAGUACAGACCGGCCGAGCGACCAAAGCAGGUUCGACCUGAGGAUAACCUCAGACCGGAAGGAGACUUCGAGAAGCCUGAGAAGCCUCAGUACAGACCAGCCGAGCGUCCGAAGCAGAUCAAACCUGAGGAUAACCUGCGCACUGAGGGAGAGUUCCAGGCUCCUGAGCGUCCAGAGUAUCGUCCUGGAGAGCGACCGAAGCCUGUGCGUCACGAUGAUAAUCUUCGUCCCGAGGGAGACUUCGAGCGUCCCGAGAAAUCUCCAUUCCGACCAGCCGAGCGACCGAAGCAGGUUCGUCCUGAGGACAAUCUUCGUCCAGAGGGCGAGUUCUCUACUCCAGAGAAGCAUCAGUACAGACCGGCCGAGCGUCCGAAGCAGGUUCGACCUGAGGAUAACCUCAGACCGGAAGGAGACUUCGAGAAGCCUGAGAAGCCUCAGUACAGCCCGGCCGAGCGUCCGAAGCAGAUCAAACCUGAGGAUAACCUGCGCACUGAGGGAGAGUUCCAGGCUCCUGAGCGUCCAGAGUAUCGUCCUGGAGAGCGACCGAAGCCUGUGCGUCACGAUGAUAAUCUUCGUCCUGAGGGAGACUUCGAGCGUCCCGAGAAAUCUCCAUUCCGACCAGCCGAGCGACCGAAGCAGAUUCGUCCUGAGGACAAUCUUCGUCCAGAGGGCGAGUUCUCUACUCCAGAGAAGCCUCAGUACAGACCGGCCGAGCGUCCGAAGCAGGUUCGACCUGAGGAUAACCUCAGACCGGAAGGAGACUUCGAGAAGCCUGAGAAGCCUCAGUACAGACCGGCCGAGCGUCCGAAGCAGAUCAAACCUGAGGAUAACCUGCGCACUGAGGGAGAGUUCCAGACUCCUGAGCGUCCAGAGUAUCGUCCUGGAGAGCGACCGAAGCCCAUAAGACCUGAUGAUAAUCUUCGUCCUGAGGGAGACUUCGAGCGUCCCGAGAAAUCUCCAUUCCGACCAGCCGAGCGACCGAAGCAGGUUCGUCCUGAGGACAAUCUUCGUCCAGAGGGCGAGUUCUCUACUCCAGAGAAGCCUCAGUAUAGACCGGCCGAGCGUCCGAAACAAGUUCGUCCUCAAGAUAACCUCAAGCCCGAAGGUGAUUUCGAACGACCUCAGCCUACGAUUGUAGGAAAGGCCGAGAGAGCUCAGAUUGUUCGUCACGAGGACAAUCUGUAUAUGGAAGGCAACUUCGAACGUACUGAGAAAACGGUUUACAUAUCUGGCGAGCGACCAAAGCCCAUAAGACCUGAUGAUAAUCUUCGUCCCGAGGGAGACUUCGAGCGUCCCGAGAAAUCUCCAUUCCGACCAGCCGAGCGACCGAAGCAGGUUCGUCCUGAAGACAAUCUUCGUCCAGAGGGCGAGUUCUCUACUCCAGAGAAGCCUCAGUACAGACCGGCCGAGCGUCCGAAGCAGGUUCGACCUGAGGAUAACCUCAGACCGGAAGGAGACUUCGAGAAGCCUGAGAAGCCUCAGUACAGACCGGCCGAGCGUCCAAAGCAGAUCAAACCUGAAGAUAACCUGCGUACUGAGGGAGAGUUUCAGGCUCCUGAGCGUCCAGAGUAUCGUCCUGGAGAGCGACCAAAGCCCAUAAGACCUGAUGAUAAUCUUCGUCCUGAAGGAGACUUCGAGCGUCCCGAGAAAUCUCCAUUCCGACCAGCCGAGCGACCGAAGCAGGUUCGUCCUGAAGACAAUCUUCGUCCAGAGGGCGAGUUCUCUACUCCAGAGAAGCCUCAGUACAGACCGGCCGAGCGUCCGAAGCAGGUUCGACCUGAGGAUAACCUCAGACCGGAAGGAGACUUCGAGAAGCCUGAGAAGCCUCAGUACAGACCGGCCGAGCGUCCGAAGCAGAUCAAACCUGAGGAUAACCUGCGCACUGAGGGAGAGUUUCAGGCUCCUGAGCGUCCAGAGUAUCGUCCUGGAGAGCGACCGAAGCCUGUGCGUCACGAUGAUAAUCUUCGUCCCGAGGGAGACUUCGAGCGUCCCGAGAAAUCUCCAUUCCGACCAGCCGAGCGACCGAAGCAGGUUCGUCCUGAGGACAAUCUUCGUCCAGAGGGCGAGUUUUCUACUCCAGAGAAGCCUCAGUACAGACCGGCCGAGCGUCCGAAGCAGGUUCGACCUGAGGAUAACCUCAGACCGGAAGGAGACUUCGAGAAGCCUGAGAAGCCUCAGUACAGACCGGCCGAGCGUCCGAAGCAGAUCAAACCUGAGGAUAACCUGCGUACUGAGGGAGAGUUCCAGACUCCUGAGCGUCCAGAGUAUCGUCCUGGAGAGCGACCGAAGCCCAUAAGACCUGAUGAUAAUCUUCGUCCUGAAGGAGACUUCGAGCGUCCCGAGAAAUCUCCAUUCCGACCAGCCGAGCGACCGAAGCAGGUUCGUCCUGAGGACAAUCUUCGUCCAGAGGGCGAGUUCUCUACUCCAGAGAAGCCUCAGUACAGACCGGCCGAGCGUCCGAAGCAGGUUCGACCUGAGGAUAACCUCAGACCGGAAGGAGACUUCGAGAAGCCUGAGAAGCCUCAGUACAGACCGGCCGAGCGUCCGAAGCAGAUCAAACCUGAGGAUAACCUGCGCACUGAGGGAGAGUUCCAGGCUCCUGAGCGUCCAGAGUAUCGUCCUGGAGAGCGACCGAAGCCUGUGCGUCACGAUGAUAAUCUUCGUCCCGAGGGAGACUUCGAGCGUCCCGAGAAAUCUCCAUUCCGACCAGCCGAGCGACCGAAGCAGGUUCGUCGAGACAAUCUUCGUCCAGAGGGCGAGUUCUCUACUCCAGAGAAGCAUCAGUACAGACCGGCCGAGCGUCCGAAGCAGGUUCGACCUGAGGAUAACCUCAGACCGGAAGGAGACUUCGAGAAGCCUGAGAAGCCUCAGUACAGACCGGCCGAGCGUCCGAAGCAGAUCAAACCUGAAGAUAACCUGCGCACUGAGGGAGAGUUUCAGGCUCCUGAGCGUCCAGAGUAUCGUCCUGGAGAGCGACCGAAGCCUGUGCGUCACGAUGAUAAUCUUCGUCCCGAGGGAGACUUCGAGCGUCCCGAGAAAUCUCCAUUCCGACCAGCCGAGCGACCGAAGCAGGUUCGUCCUGAGGACAAUCUUCGUCCAGAGGGCGAGUUCUCUACUCCAGAGAAGCCUCAGUAUAGACCGGCCGAGCGUCCGAAGCAGGUUCGACCUGAGGAUAACCUCAGACCGGAAGGAGACUUCGAGAAGCCUGAGAAGCCUCAGUACAGACCGGCCGAGCGUCCGAAGCAGAUUCGACCUGAAGAUAACCUGCGUACUGAAGGAGAGUUCCAGACUCCUGAGCGUCCAGAGUAUCGUCCUGGAGAGCGACCGAAGCCUGUGCGUCACGAUGAUAAUCUUCGUCCCGAGGGAGACUUUGAGCGUCCCGAGAAAUCUCCAUUCCGACCAGCCGAGCGACCGAAGCAGGUUCGACCGGAAGAUAACCUUAAACCAGAGGGAGGUUUUGAAAAACCAGAGAAGCAUCAGUACAGACCGGCAGAAAGACCGAAGCAAGUGAAACCUCUGGACAAUCUCAGGCCAGAAGGAGACUUCGAACGCCCGAAACCAACACCAGUUGGUAAACCCGAUCGUGCCCAGAUCGUGAAGCAUGAGGAUAACUUGCGAGUCGAAGGAAACUUUGAAAGAGUAGAAAAAACAGUAUUUGUAGCUGGCGAACGUCCAAAACCGAUAAAGCCUGAUGAUAAUCUACGCCCAGAAGGAGAUUUUAUGACUCCGGAAAAACAACAGUUCCGUCCGGCCGAGCGUCCGAAACAGAUCAAACCUCAGGACAAUCUGCGCCCCGAAGGAGACUUCGAACGUCCACAAAAGUCCCCGAUCGGCCCUGGUGAACGUCCCAAACCGAUCAGACACGAUGACAAUCUACGACCGGAGGGAUCAUUCGAAAGACCAGAAAAGGCUACGUUCAAACCAGCGGAACGGCCCAAACAAAUACGUCCGGAGGAUAAUUUGCGUACCGAGGGUGAGUUUGAGAAGCCCGAAAAGCCACAGUUCCGGCCGGCCGAGCGACCGAAGCAGGUGAAACCGCAGGAUAAUCUGCAAAUCGAGGGCGACUACAACACGUUCAAGGAGUACACGGAACAGAAGCAGCGCAAGGAAGCCAUACUAAAGGAGGUGCAUGAACCGGGCAUCGCCGACGGUGCGGUACUGGUGACCACGCAAACGGUCACCACCAUCCUAAAGGGAGAGAAGAAGCAGCCCACCGGCAGACAGGUCACUAGCAGCGAGGUGCACGAUCACGCCACCCGCUCCGAGUCAGAGUCAUUCACGCACAGCCACAGCCAGCAUCAGCAGCAACACCAUACCAGUGAGCAGGUCUCUAGUUCUACUGCCAUCAAUCGAGCGCAGCGCAUUGAAGCUAGCACCAACGAACGCGAUCAAACAACCUCGCAACGAUCCGCGACGAAACAUUCGCAAUCGAUUCAUGACGUUUCGGGCCGAAAUGUUGCCGAAUCGAUUACCAAUCACAGCCAGCAUCACGUGGUUAAUGGCAAAACGGUUGUCGGCGGAAUGACGGAGCACCAGAGCCAUAGCAGCCACAGCCUGCAGUCUUCGUCCUCCAGCUCGAAGGUGCAUCAGACAAGCUCCUCCACCAUGCAGCAACAUUCAUCAGCCAUCAAGAGCAGCAGCAGCAGCAGCAGCAGCAAUACUCAUCAACACCAGGACUCUCUUCAUCAGCUACGGCACGGAGAGACACGUCACACGCGCACAAACGGUACGAUCGUAACAGGCGAUGAUGGAGGCCCAAUGCCGGGAGGAGUUCAGCAUCACACGCGCGAACAAGUGACCGGGUCACAGGUUUCUUCCUCCAGCAGCAAGGUCGUAAUUGAUGGAAAGGUCGUAACGGACAAGUCCGCAUCGUCGAAGCUCGCGUCCGAAAAGCUUGCAAUCGACGGGGUCGUCGUAACGGAUAAAAGCUUCGUCGAACGCCAGAAGACAGGGUUCGAUGGUAUGGAAAGCAUCUCUAACGUACAGACCACGGGACAGAGUGUACAUGGGGCAACAAGCAGCAACCUUCAGGACACGACCACCGCUUCCAUGGGCAGCCAUUCGUCUACAAAGACGCAGUCUCAAACACGCUCGACGAACAAUAUCAUUCACGCCGAAUCAUCCACCAACGGACACCCAGUCGGGCGACGUAACGGUUCACUGACCACCUCAAGCCAGGCCGGAUCCGGCCAGAUGGCAGAAACACAGGUGAAGAAACUGAUCGGUGGAAAAUGGGUCACCAAGACGAUCAAAACGGAAAGCAAGUCAUUCGCUCAGGAUCAACAUCAACAUGGAGCAGUGCACGGCGAUAGUAAGAUGGUGCAUUCGGAUCACGUGGCACGUCAGCAGCAUCAGACGCAGAGUGCCGGUACGGAAAUGCACUCUCACUCCAUGUCCACCUCCAGCUCGUCGGUUAGCAAAUCUCAAUCGAGCAGUACGAUCGUGAGCGAUAAGACCGUACAACGGGGAGUGCGUGAAACGACCGUGUCUGCCGGUUCGCCUUCGGGUCGCCCUGCAGCAGGAGCACGUGGAGGCUCUAGCAUUGUGUUGGGUGAGUCCACCAUUGAUAGUAGCUCUUCCAAGCGACAGCAGACAAGCACCACCACCAAGCUGAUCGGAGGAAAGCUCGUCCACGUGACAAACGCCAGCGACAGCAAUAACAACAGUUCCGCCGGCAAAGCGUCUGCCCAGAACGCAUCGAACGCUCACCACUCUUCGCUGCAGGAGCAGCUGUCCUCCCAGACCGCGUCCUCCACAUCCACAGCCUCGAACGUGAUGAAGUCGAGCCGAACGAGUGAAUCAAGCACCACCCGCAACACGAGCACGAUCGGACAGCAGUCCUCCACGUCACAGCAGCAGCAGCAGCAGCAGCAGUACAAUCGGAAGAACACCUUCGCGUCGUCAGAGAACGUGAACAACUCGAUCCUCUGCCGACCGGCGCAAACGUCCACCGCCACCACAACGCAGCACGCCGCCAAUGGGGUGGCCGGUGGCAUGAGCGUAUCCGGCUCGAUCCAGCGCAAGAGCAUCUCGAACCUGAACGACAGCGCCAUGUACUCGACGACGAACCGCACCAGCUACAGCUCGCUGCACCGCCGCGGCAAGGAAUCGGCCGAAUCGAGAAUGCAGGACUACGUGAAGACGCUCGAAACGGGAACCAUCACCAACCGGACGGUGCGUGGCCAACCGUGUCCACCACCGACGCUGGCCGGUACGGGGCUAUCGAACAGCAGUAGCACCGCGACCGCGAGCUCCUCCACCAGUAUGUCGGCGGCGAAUCAGAAAUCGCUGCGCGACUACCACUCCGCCAUGAACGUCACGCGCAGCUCGUCGACCAAAGCGAACGCGUCCAGCAUCUCGUUCGGGGACGACAAGUUCCACGGCACCAGCUCGUACAAGGUGCAGUACAUCCAGCAGCACGAAGGGCGCUGCCCGGCCGCAGCACACGACAACCUGAAGCUGUCGAAGGUCACCAAACAGCACACGUACUAUGUGCGGGACAAAAGUAGGCGGAGAUCGUAAGAGUUGAAGUGGCAUAAAUGUUUUGGAUUAUUGUUUUUUUUUUAAUAUUGUUUUUGUUUUAAUGCUUUUUAUAUCGUUUUGGAUGUGAUCCAGUGUUACAGUCUGAUACACACAUGCGUUAAGCAUUUAAGUGAACAUUUUAUCAUCGACUCAUUAUUACAACGAAGCGCGUGGAAGGAGCGUUGGUUCAUUGCCAACAUCUUCACAGCAAGACUAAUCGUCAACGAUAUAAGCUUCCCAUUAUAUACUACAUUAUAUUAUUCACAACAUGUCAUUAUAGUUUAUGCUUUUUUUAAUAAAAAAACGAAAUAAAAAUAACAUAACUAUGUA